CCUAGCAUCACUCUUCUAUCCGGCAACGGCAACGGCACUUAGGGUUGUCCCUUUGCAGACCGUGUCGUUUAUAGUCCUGAUCCUCUGGACAUUUAGCUCGUCUUGAACUUCCUUUCUAUCUUUCGCGUUUGUUCUGAUACUUGGACAAGCAAUGGCUCCGCAAGGCAAACGAGCAAGGAAGAGCGAUGAAGCAGUCACGGGAGGGCAAGCGGAUGUAGAACCUAUGCCUCCAGAAAAGAAAAAGAAAACUCGAAGGCGCAACGUCCGGGGUCGUCGAGGGGUGCUGAAAAACCUCCCAGAUAUGCCACUAGACAUCUUAUACGAGGUGUGUUCUCCCAUUUGCAUCCACAGGACCUACUAAAUCUCUCACGCACUACGAAGGCGUUUCGUAGACUUCUGAUGGAUCGAAACGCGGCGGUGCUUUGGAAAGAAGCUCGUCAGAACAUACCGGACCUCCCAGAACCUUUCCCCGGCAUGAGCGAACCUGCCUAUGCUAGCUUAUGUUUUGAUGCUCAAUGUCAUGGGUGUUUCAAACCAGGCAUCCGCGAAGUCCUUUGGGAAAUCCGAGCGCGGUUCUGCAAUGAAUGCAAGAAAUCAAAGACUCUGAGCCAAGAAACGCUUAUAUACCGUCGGGGCGACUAUUUCGGCUCGUAUCUGCCAUGUGCUGUAGUUGAGAUAUCGGUCACUGGCAAAACAGAACUGUUCUGGGACAAGAAAAGAGUACUUGCUUCUGAGGCUGCGCGAAUAAAGGAGGACUAUGCAGAAGUGGAAGUAAGCGAGAUAGACCAAUUUAUAAAGGAGAAUAGGACACGAUGCAAUGAGAUAGAACAGCAUGCAGGCCUAUGUCGCAAGUGGUAUAACAACAAGAAGCUGAACCGUGCGAUAGAACUGGAAGAUAUAAAAGAUGCGCGAUACAAGGCCAUCAAGAACAAACUCAAAGAGCUGGGUUAUGAGAAGGAUGUGAUCUACUGUGAGCAAUAUUGCAUGAGCAAGGAGUCGCUCAAGCAAUUAUCUGUUGUGCGGCAGAGCAAGCCACUGACGGAACGAACAUGGCAAACCAUUCGUCCUACGGUGAUCGACUUCCUCACCACCACAGUGACGCCGCUGCGUAUCGUCCACGAGUAUACCCUCUACUUGAGGCCUCGCGCCGCCAUUCUUCGCAAAGCUGUUGAAAAAUUCGCACGAUUAUCCCACGGAGUGUUUCCCCAUGUUCGAGACUUUGCUUCUUUGCCAGAAGUUCGAGCUAUCUUGGAUCCUGCCGACAAAGCAGAGAUCAGUGUCGAAAGUUUUGAUGCUUUACUCCCCUUACUUCCGGAGCUUGUGACUCGCUGGCGUGAGGAUAUCACAGGAAAGCUGGAAACUUUCGUUCGCCGGGAACUCUCUUCUGAUGAAUCAGAGGAUGUACCUGAUGGUAUUCGCGCGCUUGACCUUGCGAUUGCGACCAUCUUUCGCUGCAGCCAUUGCAAGAAACCCAUCGUUGGCGCCUACCCUGGCACCGUCAGUCACAGGUGUCGACCUGCAUAUGUGGCGGCUCUAGUACAAAUGACUCGUGGAUAUGGGCUAUGGUCAAAGAAGCAGGAUGAUCCAUUCGAUACUGCUAUUGAAAGAGCGCUGAAAUGGGCAAAGUGGUCACACAGGGACGUGGACCUUCUUAAAUCUGAUGUCGAGCCGGUCCUUGAAGCCUGUGGACAAAAUUCGCUCUCUACUACGGCUCAAGACAUGGAUGAACUUGACUUCAGGUUUCGCUGCAAGAAGUGCGACAGCUUUCAGGCUCGUGCUAUUUUCCGAUGGAGAGAAGCUGCACUGCAUUCUCGGGAUUGUCAUGGACAUGAUGACUCAUCGCUUUUCUUCGACAUCGAGGACUACAUCAAACGUACUUUGGACACUGAGCUUUGGGAGGCAGUCUCGAGCGAGGAAGCAAGGAAGAUUGCUCCCCUUGAAAGAGCUGCUUCAGAACGCGUUGCACUGAAACGUCUCAGUAAACCUAUUUGGUGCUGCGUGCAUUGUGAAAUGCAUGAAUUAUCUCGAGGUGGAAUGAUCACCCAUAUAGUUGAAACGCAUGGCAUAUCGACACCAAGCGACGAUAAUUUAUUUGCAGAUCCUGCGCGGGUUAAAACUAGGAUGCCUCCAGUCUACAUUGUAGCUGACGAGUACAAGAUGCGUGUUCAGUCUCUCAAGCCUUUCGUAAAGCAAGCUCUGAAAGACGGCGAAGCUAUGUUCCAAGGUGAUGAAAUAUAGGCUUCUGGAGCUGAAUUCUCAGACAGCGCAAUCAAACUUUACACCACUUUUCAUUAAUAUAGAAUAGCCCAACCUAUUGAAAUACCGUCGCAUUUUGUGCAGUUACAGGAAGAUUUAAUUCUUGUUAGGAAUAUAUUGUCCAACCUUCGCCUUUGCCU